AUUGGGAAUACAGGUGCCAGGCCUGGAAUGUUGUAGCGAUGGUUAAAUGAGCAGACGAUCAUAUAUCAUGCAGAGCUCAGCUGACCUUUGCGCACAUUCAAACCUUAAAGGAAGGUGAAUAGCAUGUAUUAAGACACUCAUCCGAAUAACGAUUAAGCAUUACACGCUCCAACACACGGCAAUGUCAAUCUGAAACCGAGAAGUAUUCUGUAGUCACGAAAUAAAUUUUGCAAAUCUGAUGUGCUUAUAAAAAUGUUUGUGUGAUUAUUGUUUCGAGUGUUAUACUAUAUGUACUUACAAAUAUAAAAAGUCUGGAUAACCUUCGUUACGGAAUGGCUGCGGACAGCAGAACGAUUGCUAUAGCAGUAGACGAUAGUGACCACUCGGAAUAUGCCUUUGACUUUUACGUUGACAACAUCCACCGCCAAGGCGACAGGAUUGUGUUGCUUCAUGUUCCGGAAUACAGCAAUAUCUUGUCCGCAUCCUCUCUUCUCACAGACCCCAACAUUAUCUCAGAGAUGCUGAAGGACACGGAAGAGCGUACUACUGACCUCGUGCAGAAGUUCUCGAACAAGAUGAAGGAUAAACAAAUGUGUGGCCACGUGAAACAGCAAUGUGGAAAACCAGAGGAGGCCAUUGUUGAAGGGGCCAGAGAGGAGGGCGCAAUCUUGCUCAUCCUGGGGUCUCGGGGCAUGGGAAAAGUACGCCGAACAUUCCUGGGCAGUGUCAGCGACUACUGCGUGCACCACGCCCACUGUCCCGUUCUCGUGUGCAAGUUUAAGGCAUCGAAAACAACAAAGUAAUGCCGUUGCAAAUGACCGUUAAAGUUUUCAGUACACAUAAGAUGUCUCCAAAAACAUUCUCAAGAGUGAAAUAUUUGUAAACAUCCACCAUUCUGUUAUUUAAGUGACCCUAUAUGGAACAAAAUACAAUAUAGGACAAAAACGUACAUCAAAGCAUUACACAAUAAAACGGAUUAAAUAUAGGAUCUUUGCAUGUGAACGGUCAAUGUAAAGCAUUGUAGGCUUUUAUGUGCCUAAACUGUUCCGAUUAUUAUAAAAAUAAAUGAAUUAAUUUUCAA